CCGACCCACCGACCGACUGACUGGUUCACACGGCCGGCGGCCAGGAUCCGGACCCAGGGUGCGGUGCCAUCAGGAUUGAGAGUCUGUAGCCUUGUGGCGACAUCAAGAGCAGCUGUGUGUCCUGACGGGAGCAGGUUCAUCCUGGCUCCGGGGCAGCGGCAGCAGGCGCGAUGCUGAGCCGCCUGUCGGGAUUGGCCAACUCUGUCCUGCACGAGCUGUCUGGGGAUGGCGGUGAUGCGGAUGGCUCACUGCUUCCCCCAAAUCCAGAGCCACUGGCGGGUGCCGAGGUGGCCGCCCGGGAUGAGGCCGGGGAGGAGGUCCGGGAGCGCCUGGCCCAGAUGGAGCAGCUGGUGGUGCAGCUCAAGGAGCUCGUUCGGGAGAAGGACACUCAGCUCCAGCAGAAGGAAGCGGCCCUCCAGGAGGAGCGAGAUACCGCCGAAGCCAGGGUGGCCAAGCUCAAGCUUCAGGCCAAGGCCAAGCUGGCCUCUCUGAACAAGCGCGUGGAGGAACUGAAGGCCCGAGCACCAGACCCACCCUCUGGACCCCCACCCGAGGGGCAGCCCCAGCCCGGCCAGGCUCGGGGGGAGCAGGAGAAUGACGUUGACCAGCUAAAAAGGCAGCUCGAGGAGAAGGAGGCCCAGGUCGGCGACCUGCAGGUCCGGCUGGACCAGGUGCAGGCAGAGCAGGCGGCUCAGGUGGGGGCCCUGCAGCAGGUGAUCCGGGACAAGGACGCUCGCUUUGAGGCUCAGGUUCGGCAGCACGAGGACGAGCUUGUGAAGCUGCUGGCUCGGACUGGCGCGGAGGCGGAGGUGCAGCAGGCUCUGUCCAAGAAGUCCCAGCAGCUGGAGGCAGAGCUGAGCACUGUGCGGGCAGCCCUGGAGGCAGAGCGACAGGAGGCCAGGAGGGCAGUGGAAGCCCUGGAGCUCCAAGAAGCCCAGAGGAAGUUGUCCUUUGAUACCCAGGACGAGCUGCAUCGUCUCUCAGAGCAGCUGGACCAGGCGGACCAGGUACGGGCUGAGCUGGAGGCCCAGAUCUGUGCCCUAGAGCAGAAGCACCGGGCUGAGCUGGAGGCUCGAGUCAGUGUCCCGGAGCUGGAGGCUCAGAUCAGUGCCCUGGAGCGGAAGCACCAGGUUGAGCUGGAGGCUCGAGUCACCCUGGAGCAGGAGCAGCGGGCUAGACUGGAGGCCCAGAUCAGCGCCCUGGAGCAGAAGCACCAGUCAGAGCUGGAGGCUCGGGUCACUGUUGCGGAGCUGGAGGCCCAGAUCAGCGCCCUGGAGCAGAAGCACCGCUCAGAGCUGGAGGCUCGGGUCAGUGCCUUGGAGAAGAAGCACCGGGCCGAGCUGGAGGCUCACGUCAGCACCCUUGAGGAGAAGCACCAGGCCGAGCUGGAGGCUCGGGUCAGCGCCCUGGAGCAGGAGCACAGGUCAGAACUGGAGGCUCGAGUCAACAUUGUGGAGCUGGAAACUCAGGUCAGCACCCUGGAGCAGAAGCACCAGGCCGAGCUGGAGGCUCGGGUCGGCGCCCUGGAGCAGAAGCACCAGGCCGAGCUGGAGGCUCGGGUCGGCGCCCUGGAGCAGGAGCACCAGGCCCAGCUGGAGGCUCGGGUCGGCGCCCUGGAGCAGGAGCACCAGGCCCAGCUGGAGGCUCGGGUCGGCGCCCUGGAGCAGGAGCACCGGGCCGAGCUGGAGGCUCGGGUCAGUGUUGCGGAGCUGGAAGCUCAGGUCGGCGCCCUGGAGCAAAAGCACCAGGCCGAGCUGGAGGCUCGGGUCAGUGCCCUAGAGCAGGAGCACUGGGCCGAGCUGGAGGCCCGGGUCAGCGUCAAGGAUCUGGAGGCUCAAGUCAGGGCCCUGGAGCAGAACCACCGGGCCCAGUUGGAGGCUCGGGUCAGUGCUCUGGAGCAGGAGCACCAGGCAGAGCUGGAGGAGAAGAAUUCCUGCAUCUUGCAUCUUCAAAACGAGGAGCAAGAGCUGCGUUCUGCCUGUGAGAGGCUGCAGAUGCAGAACGCCCAGCUGCGUCAAGACGCGGACCAGCCGACACGGGAUGCCGCCCUCGGAGACCGACGACUGCCAGAUGAGCUUCAACCUGAAUCCCAUGAGUCUGGUCGGCCCAAGGUGGAGCCCACGCUGCAGACGUCGGAGACGGCUCCCGGGACCCCCGGGGGAGAUGAAGAGGGCCCAUCUCUGAAGCCUGCCGCGGAGGAGCCCGGCGUCUCCUUGGAGAAGAGAGUGGAGGAGCCGGAAGCUGAUGAGGGAACCGUGCCCUCGGGUUUGGUGUCGGUGGACCUGGGAGAACUUCAGUCUGAGAAUGAGAGGCUGCGGGCCCACGUUGCCCUCCUGGAGAGCCAGCUCGGAGCCAGGGCGGCACUGGGAGAGCUGAGCCAGGUCAGUGGGCCCGCCGUGGAGAGUGGCCGUGACAGCUUCCUGGACGGCGACCCCUCCCGAGAGCAGCAGGCCUUGGCCGUCUUGCUGUCAGAGAUGAAGGAAGCCCAGGAGGAGAUUAUGUUCCUGAGGGGGCAGCUCCCGGGCCCAGCCCGGCUCGGCCCUGCGCUGGAGAGAGAGGGGCCGAGUGCCGGGGAAGAGAGUGGCCUGCCAGGUCCCUCCAAGGAAGGGUGGGAAAGCACAGUCCCGCAGGUAGGGCCGAGUCCCCCGGCCGGUUGGCCGGGAGAGCCCGGCCCCUUCCCUGGAGGGGAGACGCAGGCCCCGUCCGAUGCUGCCCUGCCCGAUGCCACCUCCGCUCCCGUUGCCACUGUCCUGUCCUGUGCCGCCUCCCCAGACAAUGGCACCUCUGCAGCCACCACUGCCGCUGUCCCAUCCGGCGACUCCACCCCGGCCGGCUCCGCCGUCCUGUUCGACCCCAUCGUCCCACCCGAUGACGACGCCCCAUCCAACACCACCAUCCCGUCCGACGCCACCGCCCCCCGGCUGGCCGACCCGGCCCAGCACGAGGAGCUGGAGAGACUGGGCCGGGAGAUCCUGGCACUGCAGGCAAGCCUGCGGCAAGCCGGGGAGGAGUACCAGGCGGACCUGGCGGCCAAGGAGUCGGUCAUCCGCCAGCUGGAGUGGCGGGCUGAGGAGUGCCAGAGAGACGCCGAGCUCUGUCGAGGGGCCCUGCAGGCUGCAUCUGAUGAGAGAGACCAGCUCCGCUCUCGGCUCGAGGAUCUGGGUGUGGCCGAGGCACUGGGAGCUCAGUUUAGGAGGCCGGAGGAAACCCUCUCUUUGACAGACGGGCACAGGAUCUCGGACGGCCACGGCGGGGUGGUGGCAGAGACUGGGGAGCGGCUGCCGGCAGCCCCCACCGGCGGGACAGAGUCCCUCGAACGGGAACCUGUCACCCCAGGAGAUGGGUCCCAGGGAGAGUCCCUGGUGCGAGCCGGUUCCACCACCCGUCAGCCCGAGGACCCUGGUGGCGAUGGCCCGGAGAAGGCGCGAGACCACCUGCUGGCGACCGAGGCCGGGGCUGCCGUGGAGGAGCCGGGUGGGCAUGAUGGAGUCCCAGAGUUAGGAGGGGGCCAGGACCCCAACCUGCAGGAAAGGGUCUGGAGCCUGGAGCAGGAGAAGGAACAGCUGCAGCAGGAGCUGCAGGAAAAGGCCCGGAGCUUGGAGCAGGAGGAGCAGCUGCAGAAGGAGCUGCAGGAAAGGGCCCAGAGCCUGGAGCAAGAGAAGGAGCAGCUGCAGGAGAGGGCCCGGAGCCUGGAGCAGGUGAAGGAGCAGCUGCAGAAGGAGCUGCAGGAAAAGGCCCAGAGCCUGGAGCAAGAGAAGGAGCAGCUGCAGGAGAGGGCCCGGAGCCUGGAGCAGGUGAAGGAGCAGCUGCAGAAGGAGCUGCAGGAAAGGGCCUGGAAGCUGGAGCAGGAGAAAGAGCAGUUGCAGAAGGAGCUGCAGGAGGCCGUGGCCGCCCGCAAGGGGACCCUGAAGAAGGCCCGAGAGCAGGCCCGACUCCACCGGGAGCAGCUGAGGCAGCAUCAGGAGCGUGCCGACCUUUGGCGGGAGCAGCUGGACGAGCAGAUCCGGGAGAAUGGGUCCCUCCGGGACCAGCUCUGGCAGCUUCGGGCCCAGGGCACACAGGGGCCAGAGAGUGGACCCCCGCCCAGCCCAGGGGACACCCCAGAGGAUGCCCCAAGGGACGCUGCAGGAGACACGGCGGAGGAAAAUUCAGAGGAAGUCGAGAGCACCCGAGGGCUGUCACCUGCUGUCACCCAGGCUCCAGACGGGCACGGAGGCCCAAGAGCAGACCGCACUCCACAGCGGGGAGACGGUCCAACAGGCCUGGUCCGGGCCCAGCUCGAGGAGCCACAGUUAGGGCCUGGAGCCUCCUCGGGGAGCCACACCCCUGUGGCAGAGGGAGCCCUUCAGCCCGGGGAGGGGGCGGCCGUGGACCGGGCCACUGGACUUGGGCCGGAACUGGCGAGCAGCCGGGCGGAAGCGGCCAGAUUGGAGCAGCUCAGGGGCGAGCUCCAAGCCCGGCUGAGCCAGCGGGAGGAGGACGUGGCCUCGCUGACGGAGGCCCUGGCUCACGCGCGUGCCGAGUCACGGGACCAGAAGGAUCUGGUGGCAGCCCUGAGCGCCCGGUUGGAAGCGCAGGCCCUGGAGCAUGUGGACCAGACCCAGCGGCUCCGGGCGGAGCUGGGCGCGGAGGCGGGGGCCGAGGCCAGAGCCCAGCUGAUGCCACUGCAGAGGAAGCUCCAGGCUGCGCUGGUGUCCAGGAAGGAGGCCUUGAAGGAGAGCCGGGGCCUCCGCGAGGAGCUGGCGGAGGCCAGGGAGCAGGCGGCGAGCCUGGCCACCGCUCUGGUCGAGGCGGAGGGUCGGGCUUCGGCCGGCGGGCGCGAGAGGGACGGGCUGGCAGCUCAGCUGGAGGCCCUCCAGGCAGACCACCAGAGGCUGGCGGCUGAAGCAGACCGCUCCCGGGAGGAGAGUCGGAGCCUGGGCAGCUCCUGCGACAGCCUGAAGCUGGCACUGGAGGGUCUGGCGCGGGACAAGGCGUUGCUGGAGCAGGAGCUGGGCGCCCUGCAUGAAGCCCGGGAGGCUGAGGGCGCCGGGUGGCAGGAGCGGCAGGCGGAGCUGCAGCGCGAGUACGAGACCCUGUUGCGCUCCUACGAGAACGUGGGCGGCGAGGCGGAGCGCGUUCAGCGCCUGCUGGAAGCUGCGCGGCGGGAGAAGCGGGAGCUGCUCGCCCGGCUGAGGGGUGCCGAGGCUGAGACCGGGGACGUGGAGAAGCGGCUGCGGGAGGCCGAGCAGGAGAUGGAGGGCCUCAGGGACAAGAUGAGGAGAUUUGCCAAGUCCAAGCAGCAGAAGAUCCUGGAGCUUGAAGAGGAGAACGAGCGGCUGAAAGCCGAGGGGCCCGCAGCUCGACGGGACGUCCAGAAGGACACCCGUGAGGGGGCCGGGGGAGACGCCCAUGAGAAUGCUGGUGGGGAUGCCCGUGAGGAUGCCCGUGAGGACAUCCAAGAGGAUGCUGGUGGAGAUUCCCACAAAGGUGCCCGUGAGGAUACCCAGAAGGACGCUGGUGGGGAUGCCUAUGAGGAUGCUGGCAGAGACACACCCGAGGGUGCUCGUAAGGGCCCCCAGGGAGAUGCCCACCUGGACACUCGUGAGAAUGCCAGUGGCGACACCCUCCUGCCUGCUCCCCUGGGCCCAGAAGAGGACCUGGAGAGCAUCCGGUCACAGCACCAGGCUCUACGCGAGGAGUGUGAUGCACUCAGGGCGGAGAAGGAAUCACUCGGCCGUGUGGUCCGGGACUUACGGCAGCAGCUCGAAGCUACUGGAUCCGGGCAGAGCGGGACCCUCGAGACAGGAGGCGAGUGGGAGGGCGGGGAUGGGGCGCAGCCAGCCGCAGCCCCGCCAGCCCCGAGCAACCAGGUGGCUGAGGCUGGACCGGCGAGCACGGAUGCCCAGGGUGGACCCUCCACCCAGCACGUGGCCCUGCUCGUGGAGGGGGUCCCGGACCCUGAAAAGGAAGAGGAGGAAGAGGAGCUGUGCAGUCUGCGAGAGCGGCUCCAGGUGUCAGAGGCCCAGAGGGAUGCCCUGGAGAGCCUGCUGACGGCCCGGGCCGGUGAGCUGGAGACAUUACAGGCCUCCGUCUCGGCUUUGAGCCGCCACAGCCAGCAGGCCCGGGAGGAGCUGGCCCACGCAGUGCAGCGGCACAAGGAGUUGGAAGAGGAGAAGGACGAUCUGGAAGAGCGACUCAUGAACCAGCUGGCAGAACUGAACGGCAGCAUUGGCGAUUAUCAGCAGGCGGCCUCAGACAUGCAGGCUGCCAACAAGCUCCUGGAGGCGGAAAUCCAGACCCUCCAGAAUCGCAUAAGGGAGCUGGAGGAGCAGCGGGGGCCGGAGGCCGGGGAUAUCGCCGGGGAGGAAGCCGAGGGGCAGGGGACUCAGCCUGAGGCCCAGUCCAUCGUCCAGCCUGCGGCCCAGCCCACGGUCCGGUCUGCGGCCCGACCCGAGACCCAGACCGCAGUCCAGGCCCCGGCCCAACCCGUGGCCCAUUCCGCGGCCCGCCCUGAAGCAGGCGGCAAAUCCCUAACUAAGGAGCUGCAGGAGCUGCUGAAAGAGAAGCAGCAGGAAGUAAAGCAGCUGCGCAGAGAUUGCAUCCGCUACCAGGAGAAAAUCAGCGGCUUGGAGAGGACCAUCAAGGCCCUAGAGUUCGUCCAGAGCGAGGCCCAGAAGGAGGUCCAGGGAGCCAGGGCCAGCGUGGCCGGGGCCGAGGAAGCCCGCCAACAGGCCCGGGCCGAGCUGGCCGCCUGCAGGACUCUGCUGGAUGACACGCAGAGCGAGGCAGCGCGAGUCCUGGCGGACAGCCUCCGGACCCAGGAGGCGCUGCGGGCCGGCCGCGAGCUGGCGGAGAGACAGCUGAAGAGCAGGGACGAAGAUCUGGAGAGGAGGCUGGGGCAGGCGGCGGCCCAGCACGGGCGGGAGCGGCGGAGCCUGCAGGAGCAGCUGGCCGCCCUGCAGCGAGAGAAGGUCCGGGCGGAAGAGGCCGCGGCAGAGGCCCGCGCCGCCCUGGGCGAGCAAGAGCAGGAGGCUCAGAGGCUGCAGGACAGCCUGAACGGCACCCUGGCCCAGCUGGCCGCGCUGGCCCGCAGCAUGGCCUCCCUCCAGGAUGACCGUGACCGCGUGCUGGACGAGUCCAAGCGUUGGGAGGACAGGUUUGGCGCUGCCCUGCAGGCGAAGGAGGACGAGCUCCGCGCGGCCGAGGGGCGCUGUGGCGACUUGAGGGACCGGCUGAGGCAGGAAUCCGUUCGCACCGAGGAGCUGCAGAUCGGCCUGGCCAGACUGCAGCACGACCAGGGGGAGCGGGAGUCGGUGUUGCGAGCUGAGCUGCAGGAGCUCCAGGAGGCUCAGGAAGACCUGCGAGAGGAGAAGCGAGGACUCCGAGCCCAGCUAGAGGAGAGCGAGCGGCUUGCCCGGGACUCUCGGGAGGAGGUGGACGGCCUGCGGAAGCAGGCGGAGGCCCUGAGGAUGCGCGUGGCCGAGCUGGAGCAAGCCCUGGCCCGUGGGGAGGAGGCCAGGGCGGCGGCAGAGGACAGAGCCCGUCAGCAGGCCGCUGAGAUCCAGAGCGGCCAGUUCCGCCAGGAGCAGCUGGAGGCUGACCUGCGGGCCUCCGCUGGCCUGGCCAGCCGACUGCAAGAAGAGAUCGGUACGAAGGAACAGAAGCUGGUCGGUGCACUGGCCGCCAGGGAGGAGGCCGUGGUCGCGGCCUGCUCUGAUCUGCAACAGAGGCACAGCCAGGCCCUGGGAGAGCUGGAGAGCCGGCUGGCCCGGAAGGAAGAGGAGCAGGUGGCCGCGGAGGCCCAAGGGAAAGCGGCAGCCGGCCGGGCGGCCGAGCUGGAGGCCCAGGUGGCCGCCCUGCGGGAGGAGGGCCGGCAGCGCCAGGCCCAGCUGGACUCCUUUCCCGGAGCCAUGGCCUCGCUGCAGGAUGACCGUGAGCGGCUGCUCAGUGACUACCGGCAGCUGGAGGGACGCCACCUGACAGCCAUUCUGGAAAAGGAUCGUCUCAUCCAGGAGGCCGCGGCCGAGAGCAACGCUCUUCGGGAGCAGCUGCGCGGAGCCCGGGCCCAACUGGACGACCUGCACUCCCACGGCGCCAAGCUGGAGGCUGAACUGGCCCGGUACCGACGGGCAGAGCCGGGGCGAACGGGGGCCGGGGCCGGUCCCGAGGCGGGGGAGGAGGGCGAGGUCGAGCGCCUGGGUGCCGCCCUGGCCCUCUCGCGCAGGACGGUGGCCGAGCUGCAGGAGGAGCUGGCCCGGGCCCGGGAGGAGGUGGCCCGAGGGGCGGCCGUGGCAGAGGCCCGCCUCUCUGCGGAGCUGAAGCACCUCCACCACGACGCGGGCAUCAUGCGUAACGAAGCAGAGACGGCUGAGGAGCGGGUGGCUGAGCUGGCCCAGGACCUGGUGGCCGUGGAACAGAAGCUGCUCUCCGUGAACGAGGAGAACCAGUCCCUCCGGGCCCAGGUCCAGGCCUUUGGAAAGGCCAUGAGCUCCCUGCAGGACAGCCGCGACCAGGCCCACGAGGCGCUGCGGGCACUGAGGCGAGAGCGGUCUCUGCCGCAGGGGGACGGGGACCUCCCGGGUUCUACUGCCAAGGCAGCGGGAGCCCCGGGCAGAAGCACUGCCCCGGGGAGCAGCGUCGGCCGGACCUCACCUCCCCACGGGGCCGGGGACGUGGGGGCCGGCGAGGCUGAGGUCCGCAGCCUGAAGAGAGCGAUGGCUUCCCUGCAGAAUGACCGAGACCGGUUGCUGCAGGAACUGAAGAACCUGCAACAGCAGCACCUGCGGGUGAACGAGGAGGCCGGCGAGCUGCCCCCUUUGAAGGCUCAGCUGCGGGAGUGCCGGGAGGAGGCCGACCGGCACCGGGCCCUCUGGGAGAAGCUCCAGGAGCAGAGCGCCACGUGGCAGCAGGAGCUCCAGCAGCUCAGGCUGGAGAAGAGCGAGCGGGAGAUCCAGGACAGGACGGAGAAGCAGCAGCAGCAGCUCUUAGUGCUGUCGGACCCGGAGCGGCGGCCGCAACCGAGCCUCCCGCAAACCCCCCGCGGUCCGCCCCCCGUAACCCAGGAGCGGGGCCGAUGCCAGGGGCCCUUGGAAGCGGCAGAAGCGGAGGCGGAGGUGGGCCGGCUUCGGGCCCAACUCGGAGACAGCUUGGAGGGGCUGCAUCAGAAGGAGCUGAGAAUCCAGCAGUUGAACUGCAAGCUCACCCAGCUCUUCGAGGAGAAAAGCUCCCUGUCUGCCCAGCUGCGGGGCCACAGCCAGAGCCUUCGCGAGAGCCACCAGCGCUACAGCGGCCUCCUGAACCACUGCGCCGCCUUGGAGGAGCGGCUGCGGGAGCUGCAGCCCCAGGGCAAGGGCCUGGAGCUGCUGUCCACGGAUGCCGCCCCGGGAGCUCCCCAGGAGCGGGACGCGGACCCCAGAGAGGGCGACCCAGCUGAGCUGCGGGAGCUGCAGCUGAGGUUUUCUGAGGCCCAGCAGGAGCAGAGCCAGCUGAAGAAGCUGCUGGCAGAGGAGCGGGACCAGCGGCUGGUGGCUGAGGAUGCUCUUUCCGAUGCCCAGGAGCGCAUCCGGAGGUGGGAGCUGGGGGAGCAGAAUUCGGGGCGCUCGCUCCUCGACGCCUGCAGUCCCCACGAGCAAGCCGUGCUAAUCGAACCCACGGCCGCCUCCCUCCGCAGGGUGCGGAGCAGCGUAGGGUGGAGGCGGGCCCUGCGUUCCCUCUGUUAUUCCCGGACCCGCGGACCUCUGCUGGCCGCCGCCUACCUGCUCACUGUGCACGUCGUCCUCCUGCUCUGCCUCACUGGCCACCUGUGAGCCCCGUCCGCCCUGACCCCCGGAGCAUCGCUGCUGCUCACCGGGGGCUUCGGCGUCCCUGCAUGGAGCACUCCAGCCCAGGGCCCCAUCCCCCGUCCCCACCGUCAAGGCCGGGUUGGGGCGGGGUGGGGCAGGCCCCCGGCCCAGGGGAAGAGAAGGUUGGAGAAGUUGAGGGGAGCCGGGGCUUCCCGCUGGGGCUGGUUUUUGCCCACUAGGUCUCCCACCUCAGCUCAGCUUCCCGUCCGCCCCAGGGACCCGUUCCCCUACCUCGCCUGCAGUGCUCACAGGCUUUUGUCUCCCUUCGGAGUCAUCCCCACUCCCGCCCGGGACCAGAAUCUGAGACCGUGCCAUGGGGCUGCCCGGCCGGCCCGGCGGGAGCGGUAGGAGACAGACAGAUUCAGGGACGUGAGUCGGCGAGAGGUUCGGACCCCUGAGCUGGAUGUUACGGUUAUACCUGCUGGGGCCCUCCCUCCACCCUGGCCUCGGGUCCAGGGAGACGGAAGACCCGUUGGGCCGAGGGCCUGGAGUCCUGGGGGCUGGGAGUGCUGGGAGCCCUGGUCCCUUACCUGGCGCCAAUCAGUAGGAGCCAAGAAAACAAUAAAGUCACUUUUCAGCA